GGAGGGCACAGCAGCACGCGUGAGGCUUGACUACAUUUCCCAGAGUGCAGUUCUGGGAGGAUUCUGGGAAAUGAGGCAAGACAGCAUUUUGACAGUCGCGGUUAACUUUGCCGUUGGAGCGCACAGCGGGAGCUACGUUUCCCCGAGUGCAGCCCUAGGAGGAGGAUCUUGGGAAGUGUGGCAGAGGCAGCUGUCCUCGCACCGUGGAACGGUAGCCGAACUUCCCAGGAACGCUUGCAAUUUCCUAGUUUCUGCUGAUCCUUAAGGCCUAGCAAGGCGCCCCCACGACACACAAAAUUCGGAGACGUGACAAUGUCCCUUCACUGUGGAAUAGCUUGCAGGAGAAAGUCUUUUUGGUGCUCUAGGCUGCUGUCAACCUAUGUCACUAAGGCACGGUAUAUGUUUGAACUAAAGGAAGAUGACGAUGCAUGUAAAAAGGCCCAGCGUACGGGAGCGUUUUACCUCUUUCAUAGCCUGGCUCCUUUGGUUCAGAAAUCAGAGCACCAGUACGUGGUCCCCCGGUAUAGCCUAGUAGAGUUGGAAAGGCUCCUGGAGAAGUUUGGACAGGACACACAAAAAAUAGAGGAUUCCGUCCUGAUUGGCUGCUCCGGACAGCAGGAAGCAUGGUUUGCUCUGGAUCUGGGUCUGAAGAGUUCCUCUUCUACAAGCGCUUCCUUACAGAAACCUGAAAUGGAGACAGAGCUCAAGGGCUCUUUCACUGAGCUGAGGAAGGCUCUCUUUCACCUGAGUGUGAAGGAUGCCACCCUGCUGUCCACGGCUCAGGCUCUUCUCCAUUGGCAUGAUGCCCAUCAGUUCUGCAGCAGAAGCGGGCAGCCCACCAAGAAGAACAUGGCUGGCAGCAAGCGUGUGUGCCCUUCCAAUAAGAUCAUCUAUUACCCACAGAUGGCUCCUGUGGUGAUCACCCUGGUGUCAGAUGGGCCCCGAUGUCUGCUUGUCCGCCAGAGUUCCUUUCCCAAGGGAAUGUAUUCUGCCUUGGCAGGUUUCUGUGAUAUAGGUGAAAGUCUAGAAGAAGCCGUCCGGCGGGAAGUUGCAGAAGAGGUGGGAUUGGAGGUGGACAGACUGCAGUAUUCUGCAUCCCAGCACUGGCCUUUUCCUAAUAGCUCACUCAUGAUUGCUUGUCACGCAACUGUGAAACCAGGGCAGACAGAGAUCCAGAUGAACUUGAGAGAACUGGAGGCAGCUGCCUGGUUCAGUCAUGAUGAGGUGGCCACAGCCCUGAGGAGAAAGGGCCCCUAUACCCAACAACAAGAUGGAACCUUCCCAUUCUGGUUGCCCCCUAAGUUAGCCAUUGCCCAUCUGUUGAUUAAGGAGUGGUUGGAAAAACAGAGCUGUUCUUCCUUGCCUGCUUCACCCAGAUCAAGCCACUUACAUCUGUCCUGAGUACCCCUGAGGGACACACCAGAAAUUGAUUGAUAAAGGGGAGGUGACAAAGGCCAUUUCCAGGCCCAUUUCAAAAGGCAGAGCAGAAGAUGAUUCUACCACGAGAUAACUCUACCAGUAAUGUUAACCAAAGUUCUUACUAAUGGACCAUCAAAAAUGUCAGUUUGAGAAGAAAAGCUGAUUAGAUGUCAACUGUCAAAACCAGUUGGAAGACUGAGGCAUUAAUUUGUAUGUAGGCCUUCGUUCACCCAUCUUCUACUUAGACCUUGGAAGCAAACCUCUCUUGGCUUGUGGCUUGUAAUGCUGGGUUUACGCUGGCUGCCAAAAUGUGCCUGGUGUAAUUUUGGUUAAAAAUUUUAUUUUGGUAUUGAAAAUAUGAAAGAAAUCUCAAGUCAAUACUGUCACUUUAUACUUUACAGAAUUAGAAUUGUACAGCAUAGCAUUUAAUUCUUGUGUAGGUUCGCUAUGAGUCGGAAUCGACUCGACGGCAGCGGGGGCGCGGAUAGGUAAUUAUCUUGUACAUGGUAGCUGUCUUAGUUAUCUAGUACUGCUAUAACAGAAAAACCACAAAUGGAUGUCUUUAAAAACAGAAAUUUAUUCUCCUAAACAGAGUUUAGGAGGCUAGAAGUCCAAAUUCAGGGUGCCAGCUCUAGGGGAAGGUUUUCUCUCUGUCCGCUCUGGAGAAAGAUCCGUGUCACCUUUCAACAUCUGUGGGCCUGACAUUCCUUGGAGAUCGCCAUGUUUCUUGGCAUCAGUCUUCCCCUUGGUCUAGGAGAUUCUCAGCGCAGGUACCCCAGAUCCAAAGGACAUACUCCACACCUGGCUUUUCUUUCUUGAUGGUAAUGAGGUCCCUCUCUCUCUGCUAGCUUCUCUCCUUUUAUCUCUUAUAAAAGGUGAUGCAGGCCACACCCUAAAGAAACUCCCUUUACAUCAGGGCUGUGACCUGGUUAAGGGUGUUGCAUCCUGCUCUAAUCCUCACUGACGUGACCUAAUCCUGUCUCGUUAACAUAAUGGACAGCUCACUCCCAAAUGGGCCAUAACCAUAGGCACAGAGGCUAGGAUUUAAAACAUAUCACAAAAUGGAGGAUAUCAGAUCACAAAACAGAGGAUAACCACACAAUACUAGGAGUCAUAGCCUAGCCAAGUUGACACUUAUUUUGGGGGGACGCAGUUCAGUCCAUGACAGUAAUUAAGUAAAACCCAUAAACCAAACCUGUUGCCAUCUAAUCAGUUCUGACUCAUAGCAACCCUACAGGACAGAGUUGAACUGCCCCAUAGGGUUUUCAAGGAGCAGCUGGUAGAUUCAAACUGCUGACCAUUUGGUUAGGUGCCAAACACUUAACCACUGUGCCACCACAGCUCCUAAUUAAAUAAAGUUCACAAUAUUUUGUUAAGUCACUUGAAGGGAAGUGGGCACUGGGCCAAGGUCUUCCUCUGCAUUAAGCCAGAUGCAGUGAGGUUCUGUGGAGGUAGUUGAAUCUCAGUGGGACUUAAGAUAGUCUUUUUUGUUGUUCUCAGCUCUGUUACUUGCUCAGUUUGUGAACCAGUGAAAAGACCAUUAUUUUGCCAUGCCUGUUUUCCUAAGUGUAAAAUGGUCGCUGGCAUUUGCACACUCAGUAAAUGUUGAUUUACUCCAACUAAGGGAUUAGAAUUCAUGGCAGUUAAAUAAGAGUCAUGAUAUUUCCUUAAGUCAUUAAAGGGGAGAGUAAAGUGGUUCCGUUUCUCGAGCUUUUAUGGGAUUAACUAAAUUCAGGGCUUCUCAUUGUUCACAUAUGUCAUUCUAUACCUUGUCAAAAGGGAGAUGAAUUUAUUUAGGGGAAAUAAAAUUAAUUUCCACACCUUUGUUCAGAUGUGUUUUUCUGUCCUCUGAAGUGAGGAAAUGGCAGAAAGUGAGAAUUUGAGGGGCAUCUCUUUAUUUGUGUGACAGUUAAGUCCAGGUUCAGAGUCUGUGGAAAGUCUAGUGCCAUGUUCACAUGAAAUACUCUUUUUUUAUUGUAUUUCACAUGAAGGUUUACAGAGCAAAUUAGUUUCUCUAUUAAACAGUUAAUACACAUAUUGUUUUGUGAUACUGGUUGCCAACUCCACGACAUGUCAACACUCUCCCCCUCUUGACCUUAGGUUUCCUGUUACCAGCUUUCCUGUCCCCUCCUGCCUUCUUGUCCUUGCCUCUGGAGUGGUGUGCCCAUUUAGUCUCGUUUUGUUUUAUGGGCCUGUCUAAUCUUUGGCUGAAGGGUGAACCUCAGGAGCAGAUUAAAUACUCUUAGAGGUUAGACUGAACAGAAGAAUGGCUAGAGAAAGAGUCAUAUCUUCAGAUGAUUCCAGGUACAACUGUAUUGAAAACACAAGUUCCAGAAAUCCCAAGAGUAUUCAUACAUCAGAGUUUCGUAGGACUAAGCAAAAGGGAUUCUGGAGCUAGAAAAGUUGAAGCUCUCUUUACCCCAAAGGGUCAUUGCUCUCUGCAAUGUCAGCAAACCAUCAAUGCUUUGGGGAAACCCAAAUGCCUUCAUCAGGAAAUGCUGCAGGGUAAUGUGUGAUGAAACUUGAUUGUCCUGUUAGGUUGGCAGCUUGCCCUUUCACAGGCUGAACCCAGCAGGUAGAAGGGAAAAACACUCUCGACAGAGAGGUCCUGAGAUUUCUUCAUAUCUUGCAGUUAGAAGA